UCGAUUCGACUUCGUGGAUCAUGGCACAUGGAUCAAACCUUGGGACUAAAACGACGCAACCCAAAUCUUUCGACUACUUUCUCGAGUGUACCUCCAACAAACUAAUUCAGGGUGUUGGCAUCGAGCCAUAACCUGCCACCUUCACCAUGCUAUCCAGAAGAGUUGUAAGUCCCAAUAAUCCCACGGUGUAACCACGCUUCAAGGGUUGGCCCCACGAGACAUCCCUAUUACUUCCUUCUUUCUGUGUCCGGACGGGUAAGUUUCUAACUUUGGCCAAAAAAAGCUUUCGAAAGAAGAAGAAUCAGAGUCCACAGACGCCGAAGUCACAAAGGAAGACCAGGAAAAGAUCAAUACCUUUUCCAGAUUGCAUAAUCGGAGUAAGGCCCUGGAGGAGGAGUUGGGCUCGAAACAAGUAAGUCGGGAUUUGCGCUUAUUCUCUUGAGCUGUUGUUGUGAAUGGACGUCGUUGGGACGACAGGAGAGGCUGUGGUUCAAAAAACAUGGCUCAAGAAUAGGCUGGACAUCUUCUAGCCACCAUGGCUGUUUUCAUCCCAGCAUCCUCCCCCUGCAUCCAGACAUGUCCAAUCCACUCACUCAUAUCCUACAGAAAGAGAAAGAAGACCUCGAAGAACUGUCCACCGAACUGGAGCUCGCCGAUGAGGACUCGUUAAUCCCGUACAAGAUCGGCGACUCGUUCAUGCACGUCCCGCUAGGCGAGGCGCAGGAACUGCUGGCGACGCAGACGACGGAAAUCGAAGGCGAGGUGUCGACGCUCGAGGAGGAACUGGAGACCAUCAGGGAGCAGAUCCGCGGCUUGAAGGCGCAUCUCUACGCUCGGUUCGGCAAGGGGAUCAAUCUUGAAGCCUAAGGGUGUCAUUCCCACCAAGUAUGGGCUGGCCCGUGAGAGACAGGGGGUAGGAAUCUAGCCGUGGUUACUCAAAAUAAUCAGUGGCGAGUUUCGUGAGAUGAAAAGGUGAUCCGGACGGCGUGUGCUCAUGUUGGGCCUACAGAGUCUCGUGGGUAAGUGGAUGAGUGAGUACACCAUGUGGCUAUUCACUGGAGCUGCCGCGAGAGUCGUGGCCGACGGCCCGACGGCGUGACGCCUCGAUCCUGGAGAGAACCGCGACUGCGAUUGAAGAGGGAACGCGUGAAAGAAAGCGGAUCAUCAUGCUCGGUUCCAAGGUCCAGAACGGAAGCGACGGAUUUGCUCUCUCCAGAUCCAGAGGCCUGUCUAUACCACUAUACAUUCCGAUACCGUGCCGGGGUGAAGAUAGUACAGAAAACAAUCAAAAGAAGACAGUCGUACCGUC